CAUAGCCGCCCAACAGAAGGAGCAGCGCAGCCGUCCAUAGACCCGUCCAUAGACCAGGCGACACCUCUCACCCUCCACGCCACCAUGGCCCCGAAGGCGCCGGCGAAGAAGGUGGAGCCCCCGAAGAAGGAGGAGGCGAAGCCGGCUGCUGCUGCUGCCCCUCCGCCGCCACCGGAGCCGCCCAAACCUGCGUUCGAUCUCUCGACCAUCGUGAUUGAAUUCACGCAGGAUCAAAUCGAAGAGUUCCGCGAGGCGUUCUCGCUCUUCGACCGCACGGGAGACAUGAAGAUCACCUACUCGCAGUGCGGGGAUAUCAUGCGCGCCCUGGGGCAGAACCCCACCAACUGCGACGUGAUGAAGGUGCUGGGCAACCCCAAGCCUGAAGAGAUGCUGGUGAAGACGAUGGACUUUGACACGUUCCUGCCCAUGAUGCAGGCCAUCUGCAAGAUCAAGGACCAGGGCUCGUACGAGGACUUCGUGGAGGGCCUGAGGGUGUUCGACAAGGAGGGCAACGGCAGGGUGAUGGGGGCUGAGCUGCGCCACGUGCUCGCCACGCUCGGCGAGCGGCUCACGGAGGAUGAGGUGGAGCAGCUGAUGAGCGGUCAAGAGGACUCGAGUGGCUGCAUCAACUAUGAAGCUUUCAUCAAACACAUCUUGGCUGGCUGAGACUCAAGAAUUGCUCUGCUGGUGUUAACAGAAAGGCUGGAACAGCUCAACCUAUUGCGUCAAUGAAAAUGUUUAAAAUGUCAACCCCCUACGAAACCUGUGUAGUCAUGACGUGCUGAUGAGCAUUAUGGACAUCUUGUCGUGGACAUGUUUUGUGCAUUGUAAAAUGAUGCUGUGUGUUAACGAGUGUCGUGAAAUACAGACAACAAUUACAGUGAUGUACUGGAUUUUUAAAUACAUUUUGAAAAAAUG